UUUUACAACGCCAAUAUUGGAGUCAUCUCCAACUUUCUUUUUUUCAUUUAAAUCUGCUUUUAGUUGCCUGAUGAUGUAAAUAUUGUUAAGUAAGAUCGAAGUCAGUGACUGUUGCUUCCCGUUUACUUAUAUACAAUGGGUGACAGCAGUGAUUCCGAAGAGUUCUACGAUGCCGAAGAGCUCACACCCAUUAAAGGUUCUAAGAGAUCAUCACUAUGCAGAAACACAAGCCUAACAGAUAGUUCCAAAGAUAAGGAGAAGGAGAAACCGGCUGUAAAGACUGAAUCUACACUUGUGGAGGCACCCAGUAUAGCUCCAAGCAUAUCCACUCCCGAGGUUGCCCCUGCAGAUGAUGACCAGAAUACUGUUAAAAGUGUGGUGCAAGGGCGACGCCGAUUCCAAGAGCUACGGCGCUGCAUGCAGACAGACGAGGAUGACGACACUGUUGAUGCAGCUGCUGACCACCACUCUUUCACAGACGUUACGCAGCCCUUCAAGGUGAUAGCGCAUGACACAAUGAGCCUCCAGAGCAUGACAUCCCUGGGGCGCAUUGGAAGGAUCCUCAGCGGCGCAUCGGAUUCACAUUCUAACAUUCGUGAAGUUGCCCAGGCGUCUGCACCGCCGCGAGAAACUAACACGCCUGACGAACCUGUACCGGUGGACAGAACGCAAAAUGUGCUAGCGAUGGAGCCGGACGUGAUAGCCAGCACGAAGGCGAGCAGCGUGAAGCAAGCGGGCAGCGUCGUCACCGCGCCCGCCGGCCCGCUGCCCCCGCCGCGCCGCAAGAAGCCGCGUGAGUACUGUGCUGACGUAGCCCGUGUACGUGUGUCAGCUGGCGAUGAGCCGGACAUGGUAGCCAGCACGAAGGCUGUCGUGAAGCAAGCGGGCAGCGUCGUCACCGCGCCCGCCGGCCCGCUGCCGCCGCCGCGCCGCAAGAAGCCGCGUGAGUACUGUGCUGACGUAGCCCGUGUACGUGUGUCAGCUGGCGAUGAGCCGGACAUGGUAGCCAGCACGAAGGCUGUCGUGAAGCAAGCGGGCAGCGUCGUCACCGCGCCCGCCGGCCCGCUGCCGCCGCCGCGCCGCAAGAAGCCGCGCAAACUGCACGGCUCUCAGUCACUGUCGACGGCCGACGGCGACAACCUCAGCAUCUGCACCAACGAUACCGAUGACUACCGCUAUGAAAGGAGGAGCAAGCUCGAUUCCUUGUCAGUCGAGCCUCCACUGCCUAAUUCUGUAAGCCAGUGCAUGGCGCUGCCCAGCCCGGCCAGCACCAUCGAGUCCCUCACAAGAGAGUUCCAGGACUCGCUAGAACUCUCCACUUCCAAAUAUGCGCACGACAAGUCGUCAAUGAGUCACGAAUCGCGCGCGUCGUCUCGCAGCAGUACAGGCACCUCGAUGAAACAGAGACCUCCCGAAUCCACACUCGACAUUAAGGAGGCGGUCAGAGGUGAUUACGUUGUGCGGCCGGCGGACGACGCACAGCGCUGCGGGUCGCGUACACACAGCGAGGGACGCUCUCAGCUCUCUACAGGGCACAGUAGCUUGGGCGGGAACACCAGACGGAGCAACUCAGAGUCCCUGGAGGGCGGGCGGCGCCGCUCCGCGGGCGACGAGCAGCUAGGGCUGGCGCUGCGCACGCAUUCGACCUCAGGACAACGACUAACAGACAUGCAGAUACUCGAGCAGGUCACCGUGCUCAACCUGGACACCGGCGACGGGCAGCUAGGGCUGGCACUGCGCACGCACUCCACCUCGGGGCAACGACUAACAGACAUGCAGAUACUCGAGCAGGUCACCGUGCUCAACCUGGACACCGGCGACGGGCAGCUCGGGCUGGCGCUGCGCACGCACUCCACCUCGGGGCAACGACUAACAGACAUGCAGAUACUCGAGCAGGUCACCGUGCUCAACCUGGACACCGGCGACGGGCAGCUCGGGCUGGCGCUGCGCACGCACUCCACCUCGGGGCAACGACUAACAGACAUGCAGAUACUCGAGCAGGUCACCGUGCUCAACCUGGACACCGGCGACGGGCAGCUCGGGCUGGCGCUGCGCACGCACUCCACCUCGGGGCAACGACUAACAGACAUGCAGAUACUCGAGCAGGUCACCGUGCUCAACCUGGACACCGGCGACGGGCAGCUCGGGCUGGCGCUGCGCACGCACUCCACCUCGGGGCAACGACUAACAGACAUGCAGAUACUCGAGCAGGUCACCGUGCUCAACCUGGACACCGGCGACGGGCAGCUCGGGCUGGCGCUGCGCACGCACUCCACCUCGGGGCAACGACUAACAGACAUGCAGAUACUCGAGCAGGUCACCGUGCUCAACCUGGACACCGGCGACGGGCAGCUCGGGCUGGCGCUGCGCACGCACUCCACCUCGGGGCAACGACUAACAGACAUGCAGAUACUCGAGCAGGUCACCGUGCUCAACCUGGACACCGGCGACGGGCAGCUCGGGCUGGCGCUGCGCACGCACUCCACCUCGGGGCAACGACUAACAGACAUGCAGAUACUCGAGCAGGUCACCGUGCUCAACCUGGACACCGGCGACGGGCAGCUAGGGCUGGCGCUGCGCACGCACUCCACUUCGGGGCAACGACUAACAGAUAUGCAGAUACUCGAGCAGGUCACCGUGCUCAACCUGGACACCGGCGACGGGCAGCUAGGGCUGGCGCUGCGCACGCACUCCACUUCGGGGCAACGACUAACAGAUAUGCAGAUACUCGAGCAGGUCACCGUGCUCAACCUGGACACCGGCGACGGGCAGCUCGGGCUGGCGCUGCGCACGCACUCCACCUCGGGGCAACGACUAACAGACAUGCAGAUACUCGAGCAGGUCACCGUGCUCAACCUGGACACCGGCGACGGGCAGCUCGGGCUGGCGCUGCGCACGCACUCCACCUCGGGGCAACGACUAACAGACAUGCAGAUACUCGAGCAGGUCACCGUGCUCAACCUGGACACCGGCAGAGGGAGCCACUCUGUAGGCGACGGGCAGCUAGGGCUGGCGCUGCGCACGCACUCCACUUCGGGGCAACGACUAACAGAUAUGCAGAUACUCGAGCAGGUCACCGUGCUCAACCUGGACACCGGUGAAAGGGUGCCUCUAAGCGUGGCGGAGCACAAAAUACCUCAAUGCAUCAAUCCGCUGAGCCUCCACAUCAUGAGACUCACGUCGGAGUACAUAGGGCGAGCCAAUGACGACGAAAAUGUGAGAAUUUUCAGCUUGGAACUGGUGCAAAUGUCGUGGCGCAAGCGUCUCUCUGUGUUCUCAAGAAAGUCACUCACGCCACCUGUCGAAAUGGGAAUCCUACCUGCGGAUUCUGACUUCAGUAUUAAUAUUAGGGAAACGGACGAGGAGAGCGAAAGCGUGUGCACGGGCGGCGCCGACGAAGACGGUAAGGAGACCAAACAGGCCGUCGACAGCAAGAACACUAUUCGGAAGAAGACUGAAAAGGCAGCCCCAACUCCAUUAGUGAAAAGUCACUCGCAAGACAGUAUAAACACGAAAAUAGUUCCCGAAGUGAACCAAAACAGACUAAAACGCUUCCUAGGCAGUACUGUGAAAAAGACAGUAGACGCAGCGAAAUCGCUGGCGCAGGAAGUGUCGCAUGCACGACACAAGGAGGACGUGGCCGACAUAGCGGACGACGUGCGGGGCGAGCACAACAUCAAGCUGAAGGCCUCCAACUCGCACAAGGGGCCUUACGACUUCGACGGCUGCGUGCGACACGUGCAGGAGAUGGGCAGCGGGCACUCGGGCGCCGUGUGGUGCUGCAAGUUCAGCGUGUGCGGCCGCCUGCUCGCCACGGCCGGCCAGGACCGCCUGCUGCGGGUGUGGGUCGCGAGGGACGCUUACGCCGUCUUCCAGGACAUGCGCACAAAAUACAACGCCGAGCAGAAAUCCUCCCCGACCCCCUCACAAGAGUCCCUCGCGUCGCUCACCGCCCCACCACCCAGUCCCGAGGACGCACCCUUAGGCCCCUCCGCCCCAUUCCACCCGAAACCUUUCUGCACCUAUUCAGGGCAUACGUCAGACCUGCUAGACGUAUCCUGGUCUAAGAACUACUUCAUACUGUCAAGCUCGAUGGACAAAACUGUUAGGCUGUGGCACAUCUCGCGCGGGGAGUGUCUCUGCUGCUUCCAGCACAUCGACUUUGUGACCGCCAUCGUGUUUCACCCGCGCGACGACCGCUACUUUUUGUCCGGCAGUUUGGACGGGAAGCUGAGGCUCUGGAACAUUCCUGAUAAGAAGGUCGCGGUUUGGAACGAGGUCGACGGCAAAACAAAACUGAUAACAGCCGCAAACUUCUGUCAAAACGGCAAGUUCGCCGUCGUCGGCACAUACGACGGCCGCUGCAUCUUCUACACAACCGACCAGCUCAAGUACCACACGCAGAUAGACGUGCGCUCCACCAGAGGCAAAAACUCCACCGGCAGAAAGAUCAGCGGCAUAGAACCCAUGCCAAACGACGACAAAAUCCUAGUAACCUCAAACGACAGCAGAAUAAGACUGUACGAUCUCAGAGACUUGAACCUCUCCUGCAAAUACAAGGGCUACGUGAACGUUUCGAGUCAAAUCAAAGCCUCGUUUUCACACGACGGCAAGUACAUAGUCAGCGGGUCAGAGAACCAGUGCAUUUAUAUUUGGAAGACGUACCACGACUACUCAAAGUUCACGUCGGUGAGGCGGGACCGGAACGACUUCUGGGAGGGGAUCAAAGCGCACAACGCGGUGGUGACGUGCGCGGUGUUCGCGCCCAACCCGGACCACAUGAUCCGCAUGAUUACGGAGAGAGAGGAGGAAGAGAAGGCUAGCAAAGGCAUCGGCGAUAAGGAGGAACCGAAGGGCACAGACUGCAUGGUGUCCUCCUCGCAGACGGGGCACGUGCUCGUGAGCACGGACUUCAACGGCUGCAUCCGCGUGUUCGUGCACAAGGCCAAGCCCAAGCACUCCUCGCUGCCCGCCUCCGCGCUCGCGUAGCCUCAGCACACACA